AUGAAUUCUCGUUCUAAAAGGGCUAGAUUAAAUGACGAUCUUAUAAAUCAAAUACUUGAAAUCGAUAAUUCUAGUAACUCCAGUGAAUUUAGUAAUUUUGAUGACACUGAUGAAGACGCUACGUACAAUCCAAAUUCUUCCGAGUCUGAUGUUGAAAGUGAUGUUGAAGAAUCUAUUAACAAUGAAACAUUAGAUAGUUCACCUAUAAGUUCUUCGAAUACUACAGGUAUCGCAAUUUGGAAUGAUGUGACAGUUGAAAAAAUGAUUCACAAUUUUCAAAACGUAAUGGAACCAGAUGAACAUUUAGCUAUUGAUGAAACUAUGGUCCCUUUUUGUGGAAGAUUGGGUUUCAGGCAGUACAUACCUGGAAAGUCACACAAAUAUGGCGUGAAAUUGUUUAAGUUAUGUGGAACAGACGGGUACACAUAUAAUGUGCAAAUCUAUGCAGGUAAAAGCCAAGUUGAAGGGAAAGGGCUUGCGUGCAAAGUUGUGUUGAAUUUAUGUCAGAUGUAUUUAAAUGCUAAUCGGAAAAUAACCACAGACAAUUUUUACACUUCAUUACCCCUUGCGUAUGAACUUUUGAAAAAUAAAACACAUUUAACAGGAACACUACGCUCUAAUAGAGUUCGGGUACCAGGAGUAACUGAUGCUAAGUUAAAACGAGGAGAAAUUGUUGGUAAAGAAAAUGCAGACGGAAUUGUUAUUGGUAAAUGGAAAGAUAAACAAGACGUUACUAUGUUGUCGACUCGACACGGCAUUGAUAUGAUAGAUAUGGGUAAAAAAAAUAGAAUUAACGAAAAUGUUGUGAAACCCGAAAUUAUAAUUAGUUAUAACAAAGGCAAAGCAGGGAUUGAUUUAUCAGAUCAACUUUCAAGUUACAGUACGGCAGUCAGAAAAUCAAUCCGAUGGUACCACUAA